AACAGCAGAAGAAAGCCAGUUUUCAUUCUGUAUAGUUCAGUGAGAUCAGUGAGGAUCAUCGGACUCAUGGAUAUGAGACAGGAGCCCCCCACAGUCUCCUCCGCCUCUCAACUCCACCCUGGAGCGGCAGCAGUAGCAGCGGCGGCCGCUGCAGGCGUCUCCAUCCCGGUGUCCAUGGCCAGCAGCCUCCUCCGCGGCCCUCCGCUCAUCCUGCGCGCCGCGGACAAAUACCCGCGCACACCGAAGUGCGCCCGCUGCAGGAACCACGGCGUGGUGUCCGCGCUCAAGGGCCACAAGCGGUACUGCCGCUGGAAGGACUGCAUGUGCGCCAAGUGCACGCUGAUCGCAGAGAGGCAGCGGGUGAUGGCGGCUCAGGUGGCGCUCCGGAGGCAGCAGGCGCAGGAGGAGAACGAGGCCAGAGAGCUGCAGCUGCUCUACGGCACAGCGGAGGGGCUGGCUCUGGCAGCCGCCAACGGCAUCAUCCCACCGAGGCCCAACUACGAGGUGUAUACCGCAGUCAACAGCGAGAGCAACUCAGAGUCCAGCAUCCAGAAGUACGAGCUGUUCUCAAAGAGCCAGCUGUCCGGCUCCUCCUCCUCACACCAGGCUGCUGGGGGCAAACCACCACAGUCCACCGGAGAGAGCGACUCUGCCCCGGGCAUCUCGUCUCCAGACGGCCGCCACGGAGGCUCCGGCUCCGAGAACGGAGACAGCGAGUCCUUCAUAAGCUCUCCGGUGUCCAAACCCUUAAAAGACGGAGGAGAGACUCCUAACUCCGUCAUCAGCUCCCUCGGCUCCGACUCCGGCUCCGAGACCGACAAGGACGAGCACGAUCCGUCUCCGUCUCCGUCCUCCGCGGCCUCCUCCAGACACAUGAACGCCAUCGACAUCCUCACCCGGGUGUUCCCGAGCCACAAGAGGAGCGUCCUGGAGCUGGUGCUGCAGGGCUGCGGUAAAGACGUGGUUCAAGCCAUCGAGCAGAUCCUCAACAACAGCAACAACAGCGGUGCUCAGAGCUCCAACAAGGCCGGAGCAGAGGAGACUUGGACGGCAGAGAGAGUCCUCCAACAGCCUCCACCUCCGUCCUCCGCGUCCACAACGACGAGGCCCAUGUUGCCAGGCGCCAUGUCGCUUAGCAACCGCUCUGCGUUCUCUCCGCUCCAGCCCAACUCACCGCACUUCGGAGCCGACCCGAGCACCUAUCCUCUGGGCACACACCUGGGGCUCAACCCGCUGCGGCUGGCCUACUCCGCGCACAGCCGAGGACUGGCGUUCAUGACGCCGUACAGCACCGCGGGGCUGAUGCCCACCCUGGGCUUCAGACCACCGAUGGACUACGCCUUUAGUGACCUGAUAAGAGACAGGACGAUGUUACACAAGGAGCAGGGCGGCUACGCCAGCGGCCUGUACGGGCCUCUGGUCAACAACACGCCGGAGAAACCGUGACGCGGCUGCGUGGCUCAGAGAGUAGAGAUCGGAAGGUCGAUGGUUCGAUCCCCGGCUGCUCAGGGUCACAUGUUGAUGUGUCCUUGAGCAAGACACUUAACCCUCCUGUUGUCUUCCCGGGUCAAAAUGUACCCAACCCGGUUUGACUGUUUAUAAAUCAUACAGUAUAAAUUAUCACCAAAUUCUGUGUUACAUCUUUUUGGCCGACUUCACUCCAACUCAUUGCCACAAGUUUUACACUUUUUUUUGGGGAGAAUUUAAGGUUAAUAAACCUAAUUUUAGUGAAAUUCUUCCUAAUUUUUUAUUUAAAAAAAGCAGAAAUUAUGAAUUAUUUUCACUAUAGUUAUCGGAAGAACAUAAUGUUGAUGGAUUAUCACACACGGGUAGAUGUAACAGUUUAGUUAGACUAUUGUUUUGAAACCAUUUAAAUGUUUUUUUUUAAUGGCAGCACAAUGACCCCUGUGGUCCUCAAAAAUUGACCCGGGUAGGACCACAGAUGCUAUAAAUUAGAGUAAAACUCAGUUUUAUAAAAAUUAGAUGAAAGAAAUCCUUUUAUGACAUAGUGAAUUUUGUUAACGGGUCAGAUUUGACCGAGGACAACAGGAAGGUUAACCCAAAAUUGCUCCCAUAGCCAUCGGUGUGUGAAUGAGUAUUUAGAUUAGAUCCUGAAGGUGCAAACUUGGCAUGCAGUUCCCCCUCAGCUCUACAGAGCGUUUUAGCCUCUUUCAGCUUGUUUCUGUUUUACGACCUACAACUUUACUGUUUUGGCAACACUUAAAGUUAAACUUUUUAUUACAUUCACCACAUACAUAUAGGUACAUACAUGUAACAUGACCUCUGUAUUUAACCCAUCCUAAGCAUUUUAGGAGCAGUGGGCUGCUGUGAAGCGCCCGGGAGGCAACUUGGGGUUCAGUGUCUCGCUAAAGGACACUUUGACGUGCCAUCAGUUUAUGAAUGUGUGUGCGAAUGGGUGAAUACUGACAUGUAGUGUAAAGCGCUUUGAGUGGUCGGAAGACUAGAAAAGCGCUUUUUAAAUGCCAUUUACCAUUUCUCUUCAUAAUGUAACGGUCAAUUAAACUGGUUUUCAAGCGAUAAUGAUGUUAGGGGUAAAACAGAGGGAAUAUUUAAUGUUUAGGGUCCUACUGAAGUGAAGAGACGCAUGAGAACUGUUACUCCUCUUUAAAGCUGCACUAAUCAAUAUUUUCUAAUUAAAGGGACUGUUUGUAACUUUCAGAAACGCUUGUUAACAGCGACACCUGUGGCCGUUAAGUCAACAAAAGUCAGCAUCGGGUUC